CGAUGAUGUGGUGAAUAGCGUUUGUUGGAAGCUGGUUUUGAGGGUAGUAGCGCCCUUUUGUUUUUUUUGACGGAGUGUUCUAAAUUAGGUCAUUAGGUGACAAAAUCUCUGCAAGUUAACUACUUUCUGUUCCGCGUUCACCAGACGCAUCUAACGAGGUGAUGGCUGAUUGGAAAAUGCCAGUGAGUUACAAUUUCAACCCAUCUUAUGCUUAUGCAUACGGGCUCGUGUACCCGCAAGGGUCUGAACAGGGCCACCCGAAUCUGAGCUGGGCCGAGGCCGCGUACACUCAAGCCGGCGGGGUCACGGCGAGUUUCUACUCCGCUCAAGCUGCCCAGCAGUCUCCACCCUGGAGCCCACAGAACACCACUGUCAGCAAUUAUGGGCACUACCCGAGCCAUACGCAGAACGGGCGACUGUUCCUGUCUUAUAACAAGACUGAGGUCGACCCGAAGGCGAAAGAUGCGGAGCAGGCCGGGAGCGAUACACCCAGUGACUCGGAGGCCCAUACACCAGAUUCAUGGAGCUCUGGGAGCAGUCGAGAGGGGGGCGUUCUGACCAACCUGAAUCUCCCUUGGAGAGAUCAGGACAAUGAAAUGGACAGUGGCAGUCCUGAUGGGACAGAACUUGUCUCAAACACUCGGUCCAUGGUGGGAGAGGAUUCAGUGAGUCUGAAUCUGAGUUUGGAUGGUUUGCCUCCAGUGUCCAUGCCAAGUACUCCAGCCCAACCCCGAAAGACCCGUGCAGCCUUUUCUGAGGAGCAAAUGAAUGCCCUCGUCAACCGGUUCAAUGUCCAGAGAUACCUGACACCUGCAGAGAUGAAGACUCUUGCUGGAUCGACAGGACUAACAUACAAACAGGUGAAAACUUGGUUCCAAAACCGCAGGAUGAAACUCAAGAGGCACCAAAGAGAUAGUAGUUGGAUGACUGAGAGAUACAUCAUUAGUGGCGUGCCCAACACACCAGCUCCUCACUCUCAGUUUCAGAGCAAUACCCCCCUACCAAACCAAGACCACUACAGUAACCCUCAGUUGAGAGAGGCCAUUUUCAAGAGGAGUCCUCCACAAACACCCUUCAACCCCAGCUACCCACAACCACGCUCCCCUUCCCUGGUUGCCACAAGACCCCCAAGAAACUGGCCUCUGCCCCCAGAUGUGACGCACUACGAGUUCCCCAACCGUACUAGCUACAUGCAAGCCCGUGCCAAUGCCAGCAUCAACAAUGAUGGCGGCAAUGCAGUAAACAAAAGAAGCAGUUCUACUCAAAUGCCAGCUGUCCCUAGUGCUACCCAGUGGUCAACGCAAGAGUGACUCUGGCUCUGUGUGUGUGUGUGUGUGUAUAUAUAUAUUUUUUUUUUUCUUCAGCCACACAGCCUAUGGUCUUAACCAUACAUGUAAAUAUUUUUUUUUAGCAACAAACUGUUGGCCAAUGGGUUUUUUAGGCAGUGAUGUCAGAAGUUGGUAAGUAGUGGCAAAGUGAGACAUGUCUCAAUUUUUAUUACCUUGUAAAGUUUGCCUUUUUAAUCCCAGCGCGUUUUAUACCGGAGAUCUAUUUUUAUAACUACAAUGUACUUUUCAGAGUAUUUAUUAUCUAGAUCCCUUGCUCUUCAAAGUGCUUCUACCUUUUUACUUUUUUGAUUGGUCAGGACAAGUUGGUUUUUGUCAAUAGAGUUCCAUGAAUUUGUAUGCAAGGCACUGGUCUACAUCUGAUGUGUACUGGAUAAGGUUGUCUGUACUGCACUGUGUUUUGUUCUGUUUCAUUCCCUAGAUUUCACUGAUUAAAUGUGUGUAUUUGCUUGUAUAGAGGAGUCUUCACUUACCUGUGCCUGGUCUGUACUAAUCGAACAACAAUUUCCAAGUUGUAAUUUACACUCAAAAGUACUCCUGCCUUAAACUCUUCUGUGAGACAUGGGUUUCGAGAAAUAAAUGUUUUAUCUGAUGUUCAUAAACUUGU